AUGAAAUCGACAGCCAUUCUGUUGAUUAUAAAUUUUAUCGCUGUUUUGGCCACUGAUGAAUUCAAUGAUUUUCAACAACCAUUACGUUUAAAACGUUUUAUAAAAUCACGAUCAACAACAACAACAUCGACAACAACAACCGAAUUACCAAUUGAACAAGAAAUUGAUGAUGAAAUUCCCGAUGAAGAAUCACCAUCAACAAAUUCAAGUGAACCAAUAUCGAUAGGCGUUGCGGAUUGUGGACGAACAAGAUUUUUCUCCAUUGAUCGUAUCGUAAAUGGACGGCCAGCAUCACCAGGACAAUUUCCAUGGCAAGUUUUUUUACGUAUUUCAACACGUGAUGGUGAUAUGGUUUGUGGUGGUUCAAUCAUUAAUGAAAGAUGGAUACUGACGGCUGCACAUUGUAUAUCAAGUGAACAAACUGGACAAUAUUCAGCACAAGCAGUUGAAGUUGUUGCCGGUAGUUUAAUACGUGGUGGUUAUGGUGAUAGCCGACGAAUAUCACGUAAUGCUGAUUGUGCAUUUAAACAUCCUGGUUGGAUUGGUGUACGUGGUUCAUUUAAAAAUGAUAUCGCUUUGAUACGGUUACCGAAAUCAAAUCCAUUACGUUUGACAUAUCAAAAAGGUGGUAAUAUUAAUGCUAUUUGUUUGCCACCGCGGCAAUCACCACCAUUUGAUUAUCAUGGUCGUGCACGUGUUGCCGGAUGGGGUUUGACACGUGAUCGUGGUGUACUAGCCCGUAGUUUACAAUAUACUGAUAUUAAUGUUAUUUCGGAUAAUGAAUGUCGUCGUUAUCAAUAUCCAGUUAAUAUAGCUGAUUCAAUGGACAACAAUAUGUACAAUUUGGACUAG